AUGGAGGGAAAUGCGAAUUUCAUUCCGCUUGGUGCCGUGGGCGAGACGGCCUACUUUGAUACCGGAGAAAAACAAAAAGUUGUAGGGAGCACGAAAGAGGAGAGAAAGGAGAUUGCCCGUCGGAUCCGACUCGCUGCGAAGAAGGAGAAAAAGAAGAUCAAGUCCGAUGCGAAGAAACAGCGCAAGGAAAAUGCUGUUAUGCACAGACGAGCUACAAAAAAUCCCGAGAAGUAUACGAAGAACAAAGACCGCAACACGACCCGUGCGAUUGAGCAAGAGCGCUACAAGAUCCGUAUGGAGGCCGUUCGUCAAGCCGAAAGACUGGCAGCCAAACAUGACCCAAGCGGCAAGAUAUUUAAUGUCGGGGAGGUAAUUGUCUUGGAAGAUGGGAAGGUGAAGAAUAAGGAGAUCUGGAAGAGGGCGGAAGAGGUUAGAAAAGCGAAGGAGGCCGGGGUCGAACUGAAGAGGGAGCCAGCGCCGUCAAACCCCACUGGGGCCAUGAAUGCAGAGGGUGUGAAUCCAGAUCGUGUAGCUUUGAUACAGACAGGCCACGAGCCAGCCAGGCCUGGACAACGGAAAAUCAGCAAGAAGCAGCAGAAGAAAUUGGCUUCCUUACAACCGAGGCCAUUGCCUCCAAAGCCGGUUCUUCCUGAGGGUAUCGACCUGCCAGAGGGCGAGGAGAAUAUUAUCGCUCUGUGGGACAUAAGUGAUCAGGAUGUCCAACAUAGGCUAUCUGCGGCUAAGGGUAAAAAGAAGCAAGCAGCUAAGGCUUUGAGAAGACAGCAGAAGGAACAGCAGAAGUUCAACAAGGCUAUGAAGAUUAAGAGGAAGCAGGCUGCCAACCAGGGUGUCAUAUGGGAUCCUGAGAAGGCGAAGAAGGAAAUUUUGGGCGAGAUGAGUGAGGAGGCUGGUUCAGACUCUGACUCGGACUCGGAUUCCGAUUCGGACUCUGGCUCUGAUUCUAGCUCAGACUCUGAGGAUGAUGUGAAGGAGAAAUCCAAGACGGAAGAUGCCAAAGACAAAGCUACCGAGUCUAAGAAAUCCAAGCGCUCAGAAGAUGAAGUUGCUGAGGACGAGCCAAAGGCCAAGAAGAGCAAGAAAUCGAAGUCCGAGUCCGACGACGUUGAGAUGGCUGAUAAUACGGAGUCAGCUGCGCAACCCGAGACCACCCCAGCCAAGAAGAUGAAGAUAAAAGACAAGCAUAGGAAUGUCCCCAAGGUGAGACCGGAUCUCUUGAAAUCAGAAGAGGUUGAGAAGAGAGUCAUAAAAGAGCAGAAGAAGGCAAGAAAGGAUCUGAAGCGCCAGGAGGCAUUAGCGGCCGUUCAAGCAAAGGAGGAGACGGAACGCAUCAAGCGCAGGGAGGCCAAGGAUGCUAAAAAGCGUAGUGGGCGACCUGAGGAAACGGAGGAGGUAGAGUCUCAGGAACCUAAGGAAUCCAAAAAGCGAAAGCGCUCCUCCAAAGAGCAACCGGAGGACGAGGAGGUGGAGACAACUAAGAAAUCCAGCAAGAAGCACAGGCAGUCGGAAGCUGUAGAGCCACCUACAAAUGGCCACGUGCCAAACGCUGAACAAUGGAACCCCGACGCUCUCUCUGGUGAUGCUGCCCGCAAGGAAAAGUUCCUCCGACUUCUCGGAGCUGGCAAGAGCAAUGGAGUGGUCGAGGAAGCCGCGAAAUCCAAAAAGUCGAGCAAGAAAUCCGCCGAGGAGAUAUCACGUGUCCAGAGUGAGUUGGAGAGGCAAUAUGAGGCUGGUAUGAAGAUGAAGCAUGAUGGGCAGGGGAAGAGACGCGGUCUCGGUGCGUGA